AUGAAAAAAAUAUUUGAGUCUCGAGAAAUAAAAACUCAUGUCCAAAGAAAACAUAGCGAUUUGCUUAUAUAUAUUUGUAAUUUACCUGAUCAACAAAUAUUUGAUGCGUCUUCUCUUUUUCAAACAAUAGUCUAUACUCAGGGAAAUCAUCAAGGAGAGCUAAUUUCUGCCUAUUUGCAAAAAAAGGCUCAAGAUUUUAUUAGUGAUAGUCUUUAUAAAUUAGAUAAUAGUCUUUGUACACUAAAGCUACAAAAUAAAAACUUGAAACAAGAGAACAAUCAAUUUAAAAAAUAUAAAAGUACAACAAGUACUCAAAUUUGCACACUUUCUAUACAAUUAGCAAGAGCAAAACAAGCAAAACAAAGACAAAUUUCAAAAAUUCGAGCUGCUAUUCAUAAAGCAAAGCAAAUUUAA